UAAAAAAAUUCACCAUUUUUCUGCUUCAGACAAAUCUUCACACAGAUCGGAAUUUGAGCGGAAAAUGGAACCGACGAAACCGUCACAAACUUCAUGCUCCUCAGCCUUCCAGAACCCUCCAUUUUCUUCAUCAUCUUCUGCUUCUCUUCUCAAAGACAUCUCCAAUUUCAAAACUCCAAAGCAUUCACGGAAAGCAAAUUUCACUUCUUCUUCUCCUUCUCCCUACAGACAGCCGGAAUUCUUCACCGCCUCGAAAACCACACCGGUGUCAUCCGUCCGCCGCCGUGGAAGCAUAAAGCCAUCGGCGGUGAAGUCGAGUGCUGCUCGAAGAUUAAAGGCGUUCGAGCUCGAGCAAUCGAAAUCAGCACGAAAGGCAUUGAAUGACAAAGAGAGAUCGUUGAAAUCACUCGCGAAGUCGCUAACUGUGUGGCUCAAUUUCUUGUUUGAAAAUCCAAGCUCUUGUGGCUGUGACGUGUCUAAGUUUACCGGAGGAUUUGAGAGGUCCAAUAAGGCGUGUAUUGCGGGAAAUGGGAAGAGGGAUAGUGGGCCAGGGUACACUGUUGGAGUUGAUGUGCUGUGGCGAGGGCCGAAGAGGCAGAGACAUUUGUUGUCGAAUUUUGAAGAUGAAGAAACAACAGCUUUUUCGGAUUCCAUGUUUUCCGGACUUAAAGAUUCCCUGAUGGAGAUUUGCAGCUUUGAUGAUUUAAAGGAGAGGAUGAGUGCUUACCUGAGCUUAGGAAGCUGUAAAGAGGUCUUUGUUACAAUGACUCAACUAACAAAGACCAUUGAUGAAGGACGGCUGAAAAUGAGAGCUCACUGUCCCAUGGUAACUGAUGUUGGAAUGAAGGAGAAAGCCUUGAGAAUCCUUAUGUGUUAUAACCCCACUUGGCUUCGGAUUGGAUUGUACAUACUUUUGGGGGGCGACACCUUAUUACCGAAUGGAGAUGUCAAUUCUGAACAAGAAAUUGUUUUCUUGAAGAUGGUGCUUGAUAGACAGUUUUUCUCACAUGUCGGUCUAGCAAAGACCUAUGCUUAUAACAAGUUAGUGGAGGGUUUAUAUAGACCUGGUUACUAUGAAAAGUUAGGCAACAUAGUUCUGAAGAGAUUUUUGCUGCUUGUUCUCAUACUAGAUAGAGUCAAAACUCAGAGUAGUCUGCCACUUAAAUAUGGUAUUGAUGGACUAGAUGGAGGAUCUCCUUUACUUUUCUCCUUGCAAUCAGAUGUUAAAUCUAGCCGUCAACUGAUCAACAAAUUCUUGCCACCGGAUGUGAUGCAUGGUGAAGGUAAUCUACUUGCGCAUCUUGUCAUCGUAGGCUAUAAAGUGACUUAUCAACAGAAUCCUUUGCUUGAGUAUCAAUUUGGUGUGGCUGAUUUAUUUGAAGACCUUGAAGAUGGCAUUCGACUUUGCAGAGUCAUUCAGCUCUUGCAACAUGAUCCUUCUAUCCUCUCGAAAAUGGUAGUUCCUUCAGAUACUCGCAAGAAGAGUUUGGAGAACUGUGGCACUGUUCUACAAUUUCUCCAGGAGGCAGGUGUACCAUUGUGUGAUCAAGAUGGAACAAUAAUUAUUGCAGAAGACAUAGUUGAUGGAGACAAGGAGCUCACCAUUUCAUUGCUCUGGAACAUGUUUGUGCACUUGCAGUUGCCACUUCUAAUCAACAAAUUACUUUUGUCUGAGGAGAUUUCUAAAAUCCGAGGAGUUGUUAAGCAAAACUCAAAUGGCUGCACUCACUUGGACAUGCUCCUGAAUUGGAUCCAGGCAAUUUGUGGAAGCUAUGAUCUCAAGAUCGAAAAUUUUUCAUCACUGGUUGAUGGAAAAGCUAUGUGGUGCUUGCUUGAUUAUUAUUUCCGGAAGGACCACCGCUGUUCCUGCUCUUAUCAGGCACUUUGUGAAACAAAAGAAGAAGUUUCCAUAGUAUCUGCAGUUGAUUACACAGAUGCAGUGCACAAUUUUAUUCUAUCUCAAAAGCUUCCAUUGCUAUUGGGGAAGUUUCCAGAGGUAAUACAAGUCAGUGAUAUACUGGAAACAAACGGUGCAUGCAAUAGUCAGAGUGUCAUUAUUCUCUUGGUGUUUCUCUCGUUUCAACUACUAGUAAAAAGAAACAAGGAUCAAUUAAACUUCCACAAGUUAUUGGGAUUUAGUUGUCAAAGUCCCGAAAGGAGACGGCUAAGCACAGAUCAGUGGUUUAUGCAUCCUGAAGCAGCUGCAGAUAAAGAACAAACACAUUGGAAGGAUGGUGAAGAUGCUGCCAGAAAUUUUAAGGCUGUUAUGGCUUGGUGGCAAGAGAUGGCUCAACAAAAUAACAAAUGCACUCAUAAGAAAACUUCUAGCAGUCCAAAGCAGUCUUUCAUUUUUAGAGGGAGCAAUGAUACUCAAAAAGAAAAUGCUGCAAAAGUAAUACAAUCACAUUUCAGACAGUCAGUGCAGCAACGCAAAUAUUUGAGGAUUAAGAAUGGGGUUUACAUCUUGCAAGCUGCAAUACAAGCAUGGCUGUGGGUAAAGAAGGAACCAUCAAUUCAGUUCUUUGGUUCUCCGACAUAUCUGGCAUCACUAUGUGGUACAAGGGGCUGUUCAGCAAAUUUCGAAAAACACGCAGCCUUUGUGAUUGAUAGACAUGCUUUUCUUAAGUUGAAAAGAUCGGUAAUAAUCAUCCAGCGUGCCGCAAGAGACUGGAUUUCUCGAAAACAUGUGAGUGGAAAUGUGUUGCUGCAAGAUUUGUCCACUCCAACAUUCAUUGAUGCUGCCAUUGUCAUGCAAAAGUGUAUUCGUGGGUGGAUAGCGAGGUCUUCUCUUGUAAAUACAGAACAAUUUCAUGAAGUUCUUAUGGAAUGUGAAGAUAAUAUUCAUCAUAUAAAUGCUGCGGUAGCGAUCCGAUGUGCUUCAAAGGAAUAUAAAUUAAGCAGUUCUCUACAUAGUCAUCACUUUGCAGCAACUAAAAUUCAAAGUUACUAUCGUGGAUGGUUGAUGAGAAAGAAUUUUGUGGAUCAGAAGCAAGCAGCAAUAAAAAUACAGAGCAUUUUCCGAUCUGCAAGAUGUUUGAGGGAUUUUCAUUUCUACAAACAGGAAACUCUGUCAGUGAUUACAAUCCAGGCUUAUGUUCGCAAAUGGAUUGCUAAAAGAGAUGUUUAUAAGCAUAAAUCUCAAAUUAUUUCGAUUCAGAGCCAUUGUCGUGGCUGGUUAACAAGGAGAAAACUGCUCAUUGAAAAAGAGGCUGCUAUAAGGAUUCAAACUGCAGUUCGAAGCCUGAAAUACCGGAAAGCAUUCAUUUGCCAAAAGCACGCCACUUUGGAAAUACAACGAUUUGCAAGAGGAGCCAUUACUAGAAAGAGGCUCCUAGGGACCUCUUGCUACCGUAACGUCUCAAAAUUGGGUCACCAAGCUCUUGAACUUAAAAUACUACUGCAAGCAGUAGUAAAGUUGCAAAGGCGGUGGAGAUGUAAAUUGCUUCAUGAACAGAGAACAAAAGCAGCAGUUGUCAUCCAAUCGCAUGUCCUAGGAUGGAUUGCCCGGCAAAGUGUUUCAAGAAACAAGGAACGAUUACUUCAAGCAGUAUUAAAGUUGCAAAGGUGGUGGAGAGGUAAAUUGCUUAAUGAACAGAGAACAAAAGCGGCAGUUGUCAUCCAAUCACAUGUCCUACGAUGGAUAGCCUGGCAAAGUGUUUCAAGAAACAAGGACCAAUUACUAAAAGCAAUAUUUAAGUUGCAAAGGUGGUGGAGAGGUAAAUUGCUUCAUAAACAGAGAACAAAAGCAGCAGUUGUCAUCCAAUCGCAUGUCCAAGGAUGGAUAGCCCGACAAAGAGCUUCAAGAAAGAAGCACCUGACACUGCUAGCAGUAUUAAAGUUGCAAAGAUGGUGGAGAGGUAAAUUACUUCAAAAACAGAGAACACCAUCGGCAAUUGUCAUCCAAUCGCAUGUCCGAGGAUGGAUAGCCCGGCAAAGUGUUUCAAGAAACAAGAAUCGAAUUGUUGUGAUCCAAGCGUACAUGAAAGGAUACCUUGCAAGAAAAGAUUUAAGAGGUCAGCUUCUUGAUUUGCGUCUGAGAGUACAAAAAUCUGCUGCAAAUGUUGAUGAUGGUAUGCGCAUAAUAAACAGACUUGUUGCAGCAUUGUCAGAACUUCUGAAUAUGAGAAGUGUCAGUGACAUUCUUCAUAUCUGUGCAACUCUGAAUAUGGCAACACAACAUUCACAAAAAUGUUGUGAAGAACUUGUCGCUGCGGGUGCUGUUGGUACAUUGUUUAAGCUGAUCCGCUCUCUCAGCCGGAGCAUACCUGAUCAAGAAGUUCUUAAACCUGCUCUCUCCACUCUCAGAAACCUUUCCCGAUAUCCACACUUGAUUGAUGUACUAAUUGAAAGCUGUGGAUCACUGGAAACAAUAGUGUUGGAGUUUUUAAGAAACAAAGAAGAGGGAUAUUUCAUUGCUUCCGACCUUUUGAAGAAGAUAUUCACAGAGAAAAAAGGUGUUGAGGCUGUGCGCAAGUCGCCUGCUCUUUUGAAGAGACUACACAAUCAUGUGGAAGAGCUUUCAAGGAGAGCAAAAGCUGACAAGAGGACUAAACCUCACGCAAUGAAAGAGCCCAUGGACAAAAGAUUGAGAGAAGCUAUUGAGAUAUUGGAAUUAAUUAAAGUGUUCAUGGGAAAUACAACUAGACGGCUUUCUAUGAAGGUUUAAGAAUUUUCUUACUAGUUGGAUAAGAGUCCAAGGUCUUUCUUGAUAUUGUUAUAUACAUGCAAUUUGUACAUCAUGUUUAGCAAGAAGGAUUUGAAACUUUCCUUGCAGUUUAAUAUCUGUAAUGUGAAGAGAGCUUCACUUUAUCUUUAACUUCCCAUUCUCUAACAC